AAAAGAAGAUGGUUCUUCCUGACUAGAGGACAGCUGGAAAAAUCUGAGCUUCAUCUGCUUUUUCUAAUAGUCCCAGGAUCUGGCCACCUGAAAAUGCCACCCUCAGGGACCUGGGGCUGUGGGUUGCAUAAAAGCUCAAAGGAACUCUGUCCUGCACAGUUGGGACCUACCACCUCCCUUACGUUCACGUGCUCCCCGUUGGCACGAUGCUCGCGAAGACCCUGGUACUCACAGCCUGGUUCGCCCUAGUUGUGGCUUACCCCGUAAUACACCAGGAAUUCAUUACUGACCUAGACUUGAUCACUGACCUUGAGUUGAUUAAUGAACUUGAUUUGAUUAAUGCCCUUGAGUUGACCACUGAACUAGAGUCCACUGCUGACCUAGAGUUGGCCACCACAGAGUCCACCACCACCCCUGAGUCCACCACCACCUCGGAGUCCCCCGCUGACCUGGAGUCCACCGCCACCCCGGAGUCCCCCGCUGACCUGGAGUCCACCGCCACCCUGGAGUCCCCCGCUGACCUGGAGUCCACCGCCACCCCAGAGUCCCCCGCUGACCUGGAGUCCACCGCCACCCCGGAGUCCCCCGCUGACCUGGAGUCCACCGCCACCCCGGAGUCCCCCGCUGACCUGGAGUCCACCGCCACCCCGGAGUCCCCCGCUGACCUGGAGUCCCCCGAGACCCUGGAGUCCACCGCCACUCCGGAGUCCCCCACUGACCUGGAGUCCCCCGAGACCCUGGAGUCCACCGCGACCCCUGAGUUCAGUGCUGACCUGGAGUCCACCGCGACCCCGGAGUCCCCCGCUGAUCUGGAGUCCACCGCUGCCCCAGAGUCCCCCGCCGCCCCGGAGUCCCCCGCCGACCUGGAGUCCACCGCUGACCUGGUCUCCAUUAGUGACGUAGAAUCGACCACGGAUGUGCAUUUUGAGGACACACAAGCUUUCGAAUUAUCUACUGAGGUGGAAUCAAACACUCAUAGCCUUGAGGAAGCAACAACUAAAGCCAUGGACGAGCCGAGCACCUCUGUGGGAAGCAAUGAGUCCAUCUCGUUACUUUUCUAAAAUGAAGCAGAUCUUCCAUUUGUUGUGAACAUCACUCUUCUCUAACAAGAAGAUUCGGAGCUUCUGAACAAAGCUUCCAUUCCAUUAUAGGAGACUGAAAGGACUAGUAAGAGAUGUACCAGCUGAGGAUAAACAGUGGGGCUGUCCUCUUUACCAUGUCCCAUCUCAUAGGGGCUCAAUAAAUGUUUUUUGGAACUGAAUUUUGAGAGGGGGCUUUUAUUUUAUGAAGGAACAAAUUGCUUAGUUGCCUGCAUUAGUACCAAUAAUCAUUUUAUUCCUCUCUGGUAGACACUUUCAUAGGCAGGCUCCAACUCUUGAAGGCCCCAGGAAAGCAUGAAAUCAACUAUGGAAAG